UUAUGAAUCAUCGUUAAAUAUCUGAGGAAGAACUUGCUUUUAAAUGUAUUCGCCCAUGAAGCCAGUAUGCUUAUUCAAGUUUAGGGUAAUCGUUAUACUGCUUUAACAUGUGAAAGUCUGAUACGCCUAACCCGAUGGUCACACGGGGCGGCACAGGAGAGAGACAAGCGACCAGCGACCGUUCAUUUUCAAGAGUUGGCGAUUUACAGCGACAAGAGACAAGCGGUCGUUGCAAAGCGAAUGAAGUCAGGCACUUGGUAGGAAGCUGGACGUUAAACUUUUAUUCCCAGAACCAACCAGUCAAGAUGAGAAUUACUCUUUUAUUUUUGUACCUGUUUUGUGAAAACACAAACGGAGAUAUUCUUUUUACUGUCGCGUGUGGGGAUGACACUAUUUUGAGGUGUCCUGCAGAAGCUGAGCUGCAACGUGUCCAGUACAGAGCGGUUAGUUGGUACCAGGUGUCUGAAGGCCAUUCCACUGGGAUAAUCCGGUGGGACAGGCAAACCAACUCGGUCAGGAAGUUUGUGAACCUGUCCCGGGACAUGGAGUGCCCCUCGGGAGACGGUCUCACCUUGAGGAUCCGUAACCUUACGACGAAGGACAACGGGGUGUAUCGCUGCGCCCUCUGGGCCCCCGUGGGGGAAUUCAACAGGGAAUGGGAUAUCCAGCUGAGUGUCACAGGGUGUUCCGAAGCAGAGGAGUCAUACGACGUGAAAGACAUUCUGCUGUAUGGAGCGGGGGCAUUCCUGUUCUUACUUACACUUGCACUGCUACUCAUUUGCCGUUUGGAAAAACAGUUUUCCACCAGCGGAAAAGGUAUCAAACCAACACUAGGAGCAUACAUUGACAUUGUUUCAUUGCUGAAGAAAUCUCAUGGCCUCAUGAUGCAACAUGUCUGAACAGCUAAAUCUGUAGAAACUUUGAUGUGUAAGUGGAAGUGUAACCAAUAAAAAUACUGUUAAAAUUUU